AUGGAAACUAUAAUAAUGCUCUUAGGUGAUGGCGGAGUCGGGAAGACUUCGAUUGCGAUUCGUUUAGUUCACAAUAUAUUUACAAAGAUAUAUGAUCCUUCAAACGACAACCCAUUUUUAACAUCUAUAACAGUUGAUAAUAAAACUCAUUCGAUAUUAUUACUUGACUUUGCUUGUUUCGAUGAAUGUAAAGCAUAUAGAUAUAAUAACAUUAAUAAAAGUGAUGGGUUUAUUGUUGUUUACUCCAUAAUAGAUUUACAAUCUUUUAACGAAGUUAAACAUCACAUUGAAACGAUCUACAGAAUUAUGGAUAAAGACGUUAAUGAACACAUUCCUAUAGUAUUAUGUGGUAAUAAAUGUGAUUUGGAAUGCAAUAGAAUUGUCACAACAAAAGAUGGAAAAAUACUUGCAGAAGAAUUCAACAUAUUCUUUUAUGAAGUAUCUGCCAAAAAUAAUAUAAACAUCAAAGAAGUCAUUAAUGACCUUUUGAGAGACAUUUUAAAACAUAAAAAUGAUAUGAAUACAACUGCUUUCCAUAAUGAUAUCGUUUCGAAUACAAAAAGUAAGUCUUGUUUUGUGUGUUAA